AUGGCAGCCAUGCUGUUUCCACCGGGUCCCGACAGCUUGCACCGGUUCACUCGUGAAUCCCUGGCUGGCAUCGAGCAGCGGAUCACCGAAGAGCAGGCCCGGAAUGCCAGGGCGUACCAGGAAGACCUGGGCGACGUGGAGCUGCCCAAGCCCCGUGCUGACCUGGAGGCAGGCAAGCAGCUGCCCCGCAUUUUCGGAGACAUUCCAUCAGGACUGGUGGGGGUGCCACUGGAGGAUAUCGACCCAUUCUACUUCCAAAACCAGAGGACUUUUAUAGUACUAAACAAAGGGAAGGCCAUCUUCCGAUUUAGUGCCACAUCUGCACUCUAUAUUUUUAGCCCUUUUCAUCCUAUUAGAAGAGCGUCGAUAAGGAUUUUAGUACACUCAUUAUUCAGUCUGUUCAUUAUGUGCACUAUUUUGACCAACUGUUGCUUCAUGGCCAUGUCUGAACCAGCGCAGUGGGCCAAGUAUGUCGAGUACACUUUCACGGGGAUUUACACGUUUGAGUCAUUAAUAAAAAUUCUGGCGAGGGGAUUCUGCAUCGGACCAUUCACCUUCCUGAGGGAUCCAUGGAACUGGCUGGAUUUCAGUGUGAUUGUAAUGGCAUAUGUUACUGAGUUUGUGGACCUGGGCAAUGUCUCAGCGUUACGGACCUUCAGAGUCCUACGAGCACUGAAAACUAUCUCGGUCAUCCCAGGCUUGAAGACUAUUGUGGGCGCCCUGAUUCAGUCGGUAAAGAAGCUGGCAGAUGUCAUGAUCCUGACUGUGUUCUGUCUGAGUGUGUUCGCUCUUAUCGGCCUGCAGCUCUUUAUGGGUAACCUGCGUCAGAAAUGCGUGCGCAGUCCGGCCCACUGCAUCAACAACACCAUCCCCUCUCUUCUCUACAGCAACAGCACUUUCAUCUGCAAUAAUAAAACCUGGUCGUCGAUGGAGGAGUUCUUCACGGAUGAAGAUAACUUCUACAAAGUGGAAGGAGCUAAGGAUGCCUUAAUAUGUGGAAAUGCAAGCGAUGCUGGGAAAUGUCCAGAUGGUUUUGAAUGUAUGAAGAUAGGACGCAAUCCAAACUAUGGCUACACUAGCUUUGACACCUUCGGCUGGGCUUUUCUCUCACUCUUCAGGCUCAUGACACAAGAUUAUUGGGAAAACCUCUACCAUCAGACUCUGCGGUCUGCGGGGAAGACAUACAUGGUGUUCUUCGUGGUGGUGAUCUUCCUGGGCUCAUUCUAUCUGGUGAAUUUGAUCCUGGCGGUUGUGGCCAUGGCCUACGAGGAGCAGAACCAGGCUACUAUCGCUGAGGCAUGGCAGAAAGAAAAAGAGUUUCAGCUGGCCAUGGAACAGCUAAAAAAAGAGCAGCAAAAAGCUCAGGAAACUGAGUCAGUGUUGGUUCCUGACCUGUCUCCCUCGGCUGCACAAGACGACAAAGAGCACAAGGGCAGGAAGAAAAGCCUGAGGCCUCUUUCAGAGGAGGCAGAGAACGAUAGCGACGAGAAAACACCAAAGCUAGAUACCAUGGAGGGAGUAAAGCAAACACAUGCUCUGCUGGUGCGCACUCUGUCUUCGCGGACCAGACGAGGAAGCCAGGUCAGUAUCUUCAAUUUCCGGCCGCGGAAUAAGGAUUCAGAAGCUGAUGCUGACGACGAGUUCAGCAUUUACGGGGAUUCGGACAGUCGGGCUGGCUCUCUCGUCCUUCCCUGGAACAGGCGACGGACUAGUGCUCAAAGCACAGGCAGCCACGGCUCCCAGGUCUUCUUCCCCAGCCUCAAUAUCAAUGGGAAGCUGUUUGUGGCCAUGGAUCAGAACGGCAUCUCAGGCCCUGGACCGCUGAGCCCUCUCCCAUUACCCACAUGCACCAUGGAGAAGGUCAAAGAAGAAAGUGGACCAAACUCACUGAACGAACUGAGCAGCAUGCUCCUCCCCCAGAUGUCCCAGGAGGGCCGAGACAGGGCGCUAAGUGCUGCUAGCUACCUCACUGACGCCAUGGAGGAGUUGGAGGAAGCCCAGCAGAAAUGUCAUCCCUGCUGGUACGCCUUUGCCCACAAGUACUUGGUGUGGACAUGCUCCCCUGGCUGGCUAAAGCUCAAAGAGUGGGUCAAGUUCAUGGUGAUGGAUCCCUUUCUGGACCUGGCUAUCACCAUAUGCAUCGUUCUCAACACGCUCUUCAUGGCUCUGGAGCAUUACCCCAUGACAGACGAGUUCAACAGGAUGCUGUCCGUGGGCAACCUGGUCUUCACAGGAAUCUUCACAGCAGAGAUGGUCCUCAAGAUCAUUGCACUGGACCCGUACUAUUACUUCCAACAGGGAUGGAACAUCUUUGACAGCUUUAUUGUUUGUCUCAGCUUGAUGGAGCUCGGCCUUUCUAACGUGGAAGGCCUUUCCGUCCUGCGUUCCUUUAGACUGCUGAGAGUCUUCAAGCUGGCUAAGUCGUGGCCCACCCUGAACACACUGAUCAAGAUCAUUGGGAACUCUGUGGGUGCCUUAGGAAACCUCACUCUGGUUCUGGCCAUCAUCGUCUUCAUAUUCGCUGUGGUGGGCAUGCAGCUGUUCGGCAAGAAUUAUGAGCAGUGUGUGUGCAAGAUCUCCAAGGAUUGUACGCUGCCCCGGUGGCACAUGAAGGACUUCUUCCACUCCUUCCUCAUUGUGUUCCGGGUGCUGUGUGGAGAAUGGAUCGAGACCAUGUGGGAUUGUAUGGAAGUGGCUGGACAGCCGCUCUGCAUCCUGGUCUUCAUGCUGGUCAUGGUGAUCGGGAAUCUGGUGGUGCUGAACCUCUUCCUGGCUCUGCUGCUCAGCUCUUUCAGCGCUGACAAUCUCUCUGCACCUGACGAGGAUGGCGAGAUGAAUAAUCUGCAGAUCGCCAUCGCUCGCAUCCAGAGAGGCAUAGGCUGGCUGCGCCGGGCCCUCUGCGACUUCUUCAACGGCAACUUCAAGCGCCGGCGGCAGAAGGCCAAGGAGGCCAAGGCCAUGCUGAAGCUGAAGCGGCUCAGUCAGCAGGCCCAGCGUGCUGAGGGCAACGGCACGGCCGGAGUCAUCGCCCGCACCGGAGACAAGUGUACCACCACUGACGACAGCUACAUGACCAACCCAAACCUCACCAUCAGUGUACCCAUAGCGCCCGGUGAGUCGGACGUGGAGUUCCCAGAGGAGGAAGAUGAUGAAGAUGAAGCUAGUGAAAGCUCCGAUGAGGAGGAGGAGGAGGAAGCGGAAACCAAACCGGUGAGACGACUGCACAAUGAUCCUAGUGAUGACAUCAGCCUAUCAGAGGGCAGCACAGUUGACCUGAGGAAGACUGGAGAAGAGGAAGAUGAAUACUCGGAGAUGGCCGAGGAGGACAUGGAUCCCGACAAUUGCUUUCCUGAUGUGUGCGUCCGACAUUUCCAGUGCUGCGAAAUCAACACUAAUGAGGGGCUGGGCAAGGUAUGGUGGCGGCUGAGGAAGACCUGCUUUCAGAUAGUGGAGCACAGCUGGUUCGAAACCUUCAUCAUCUUUAUGAUCCUGCUCAGCAGUGGUGCUCUGGCUUUUGAAGACAUUUACAUUGAACAAAGAAAAGUGAUCAAAAUUGUGCUUGAGUAUGCGGACAAGAUUUUCACCUACAUCUUCAUCUUGGAAAUGAUACUGAAGUGGAUUGCUUACGGCUUUAAGAAGUACUUCACCAACUACUGGUGCUGGCUAGACUUUCUAAUCGUUGAUGUGUCUUUAGUAAGCCUCGUAGCCAACACACUAGGCUACUCUGACUUCGCUGCCAUCAAAACACUUAGGACCCUCAGGGCUCUCAGGCCUCUAAGAGCUCUAUCCAGAUUUGAAGGCAUGAGGGUGGUGGUGAACGCUCUGAUCGGGGCCAUCCCCUCCAUCAUGAACGUCCUGCUCGUCUGUCUCAUCUUCUGGCUCAUCUUCAGCAUCAUGGGAGUGAACCUGUUCGCCGGAAAAUUCGGCCGCUGCAUCAACCGCACAGGCUUCAUCUACAACUCCUCGCACGUUAACAACAAGACGGAGUGCCUGGCGAUGAACGACUCUCAGUACUACUGGACAAAAGUAAAAGUGAACUUUGACAACGUGGGCGCAGGCUACCUUGCACUGCUUCAAGUGGCUACGUUUAAAGGCUGGAUGGAAAUCAUGUACGCAGCAGUGGAUUCAAGAGCUGUGGAGGAGCAGCCAGUUAAGGAGAUCAACCUAUAUAUGUACCUGUAUUUUGUUAUUUUCAUCAUCUUUGGGUCAUUCUUCACCCUAAACUUGUUCAUUGGUGUGAUCAUUGACAACUUCAACCAACAGAAACGAAAGAUAAGUGGGCAGGACAUCUUCAUGACUGAAGAACAGAAAAAGUAUUACAAUGCCAUGAAGAAGCUCGGAUCUAAAAAACCUCAGAAGCCUAUUCCUAGGCCUUUGAACUCAGUGCAAGGAUUCUUCUUUGACUUGGUGUCAAAACAAGCCUUCGACAUCAUGAUCAUGCUGCUUAUCCUCCUCAACAUGGUGACCAUGAUGGUGGAGACAGAUGAACAGUCCCCUCGCAUGGAGUCCAUCCUGUACAACAUCAACCUGGCCUUCAUUGUCAUCUUCACCACUGAGUGCAUCAUCAAGCUCAUCGCCCUCCGCUGCUAUUUCUUCACCAUCAGCUGGAACAUCUUUGACUUUGUGGUGGUCAUCCUUUCCAUUGUGGGUAUUGUCCUUGCGGAUAUCAUUGAGAAAUACUUUGUGUCACCCACUCUUUUCCGAGUGAUCCGGCUGGCCAGAAUAGGACGCAUCCUCCGCCUCAUUCGGGGAGCUAAAGGAAUCAGAACGUUACUCUUUGCCUUAAUGAUGUCUUUACCUGCACUGUUCAACAUAGGUCUCCUACUGUUCUUGGUCAUGUUCAUCUACGCCAUUUUUGGCAUGGCAAACUUUGCCUAUGUGAAGAAACAAGGUGGAAUCGAUGACAUGUUCAACUUCGAGACGUUUGGCAACAGCAUGAUCUGCCUCUUCCAGAUAACGACAUCAGCUGGCUGGGACAGUCUGCUCAGUCCCAUUCUGAACAACUCACCUGAGGAGUGUGACCCCAACAUCCCACACACUGGCACAAAUGCUCGGGGCAACUGUGGGAACCCAUCGGUGGGCAUCACCUUCUUUGUAACUUACAUCAUCAUUUCCUUUCUCAUAGUCGUGAACAUGUACAUAGCCAUUAUCCUGGAGAACUUCAGCGUGGCCACAGAGGAGAGCACCGAGCCGCUAAGCGAGGAUGAUUUCGAGAUGUUCUAUGAGGUCUGGGAGAAGUUUGACCCUGAGGCCACGCAGUUCAUUGAGUACGCCAAGCUUUCGGAUUUUGCUGAUACGCUGUCGGAGCCUCUGCGGAUCGCCAAGCCCAACAAAAUCAAGCUGAUUUCCAUGGACCUGCCCAUGGUGAGCGGUGACAAGAUUCAUUGCCUGGACAUCUUGUUUGCCUUCACCAAGCGCGUGCUGGGCGAGUCAGGGGAAAUGGACGCUCUUAAGCAGCAGAUGGAGGAGAAGUUCAUGAUGGCGAACCCAUCCAAAAUCUCCUAUGAACCCAUCACCACAACACUACGGCGCAAGCAGGAGGAGGUUUCGGCCGUGGUUAUACAGAGGGCCUUCAGAAGGCAUCUAGUGCGGAGGCAGCUGAAGCAAGCCUCGUUUCUGUAUCGCCAGAUCAACUUAGAGGGAGCUGCCAAAGUGGACGACAGUCCACCAGAGAAGGAAGGACUCAUAGCCUCCCUGAUGAAGGAGAAUUAUGGACCCGAGGCAGAGGACCUGUCCUCCACCUCCUCGCCGCCGUCUUACGACAGCGUGACGAGAGCUACUAGUGAAAUUUUCCAAACUCUAAUAGCCGAGCCCAGGAAUAGUGACCUGAGCAAACCUUAUCCUGAACCUGACAGAGACCGUGAGACAUUUCUGUAA